UCCAUCCAUACCUGCUCAAGAACCAGCUCUUUUCUCCUUCUUCUUCUUCUUCUUCUUCUUCUUCUUCUUCUGUCUCGAGCAUAACUUCUUUCCUCUCUUCAGCUUUUCUUCGCUCUGGGUUUUCUUUAUUUUUUUGUCCAAAAGCUCAGAAUCAAGGAUAUCAAUUCUUCCAUUUAUAUUGAGCAGCUAGUUUUCUUUUUAAUCGAUAAUGGCAGAGGAAAGUAGACGAAACCCCAAACCUGAAUCGGUUUCGGUGGAAAAUCAGCCUGAAAUGAGGAGAAAUAAUAACCUGCCAAACUUUCUCCUAUCAGUUAGGCUCAAAUAUGUGAAACUAGGUUACCACUAUUUAAUCUCCAAUGCCAUGUAUCUGUUGCUGAUACCACUCCUGGGCAUUGCUUCUGCUCAUCUUUCGACUCUUACUAUCCAAGAUUUAGUUGAGCUAUGGAACCACCUAAAGUUCAAUUUUAUCUCAGUAACUCUGUGUUCGGGUCUUAUUGUUUUCUUGGCUACUCUUUACUUCAUGAGCCGCCCAAGAAAAAUAUACUUGUUAAAUUUUGCAUGUUACAAACCAGAAGCAGCUCGCAUGUGCACGAGAGAAACUUUCAUGGAGAGAUCAGCACUGGCUGGGAGCUUUACCGAAGAGAACUUGGCCUUUCAGAAGAAAAUCCUUGAGAGAUCUGGGUUGGGACAAAAGACGUACUUGCCUGAGGCGGUGAUGCGGGUUCCACCAAACCCAUGUAUGGCGGAGGCAAGGAAGGAAGCUGAGACCGUGAUGUUCAGCGCAAUCGAUGAGCUCUUGGCAAAAACUGGGGUUAAAGCCAAGGAUAUAGGGAUCCUUGUUGUGAACUGUAGUUUGUUUAAUCCGACGCCGUCUCUCUCUGCCAUGAUAGUAAAUCACUACAAGCUAAGAGGGAACAUAAUGAGCUAUAAUCUUGGCGGUAUGGGCUGCAGUGCUGGGCUUAUUUCCAUCGACCUUGCCAAACAGCUCUUACAGGUUCAACCCAACUCCUAUGCUCUAGUGGUCAGUAUGGAGAACAUCACUCUGAAUUGGUACUUUGGCAACGACCGAUCAAUGCUUGUCUCAAACUGCCUCUUCCGAAUGGGCGGCGCUGCCAUCCUUCUCUCCAACCGAUCAUCUGAUGCCCGUCGCUCUAAGUAUCAACUUAUCCACACCGUCCGUACUCACAAGGGUGCUGAUGAUAAAUGUUACAAUUGUGUGUUCCAGAAAGAGGACGAAAGUGACCGCAAGAGAAUUGGGGUUUCACUUUCUAAAGACCUUAUGGCUGUUGCUGGAGAAGCCCUUAAAACCAAUAUCACUACUCUAGGGCCAUUAGUUCUUCCAAUGUCCGAGCAACUCCUAUUUUUUGCAACUUUAGUAGGAAGAAAGAUCUUCAAAAUGAAGAUAAAGCCAUACAUUCCAGAUUUCAAGUUGGCAUUUGAGCACUUCUGCAUCCAUGCGGGAGGAAGAGCUGUUUUAGAUGAGCUAGAGAAAAAUCUUGAUCUUACCGACUGGCACAUGGAGCCUUCAAGAAUGACUCUUUAUAGGUUUGGCAACACUUCAAGCAGUUCUUUGUGGUAUGAACUGGCUUACUCUGAAGCCAAGGGGAGAAUCAGGAAGGGUGAUAGGACAUGGCAGAUUGCAUUCGGGUCAGGAUUCAAGUGUAACAGUGCUGUGUGGCGUGCAUUGAAGACAAUCAAUCCAGCCAAAGAAAAGAACCCUUGGAUGGAUGAAAUUGAUGAAUUUCCUGUUCAUGUGCCUAAAGUGGUGUCAAUUUCGUCUUGAAGCUCUAUUUCAUCAUCCUUCCAAGGGAGAUUGUGUUCUUAAUUACUUUAAUCAGUACUUGGUUGAUGUAUGCAUGAAAACAUGAUGAUUUUUUUUUUUUUUUUUUGUGAUAUUGUCAAUUGAUCGAAGCAUUUGUCCGUAGGAGGAUUACAAUUCGACGACAUUAAAAUUUGUCAAAUGAAAUUCUUGAUUAUUAUGUUAUAGUAUAUAGCUAUGGUAUAUUAUUGUUAA